AUAAACAUAGUUACCUGAUGUUAUCUAUCAGGUAACGAUUCGAUAUUUGACAGUACCACUGAAUCUGCUACGAUAUGAUUCGAUCGGAUUUGGUAUCCUCCGAUCGACAUGUGUCCAACGUUAUUCCGAAUCCGGGCUAAUCCCACUGUUAAUUUAGUAUCAGAGUUAUGGCCGAGUCACCUCGCUAGCCUUUUUACAUAUCAGUUUAAAAAUACAAUGUAUUUAUUUAUUUUAAAAGCAGUUGUCCGUCUUAUUUUGAUUCUUUUCAGUCGUUGAGUUUUAAAUCGAUCCAAAUCGUCCGAUUCCGACACCCGAUUGCGUACAGCGAUGAAUUAAAAGCAGGUAUGUAACCUUUUCUGGCGUCCAGCUAAGACAGAGGAGCGCUAACACCCGGUGAUUAGCGUAAAAAUCCUGUGUGUACAUGCGCUCCAGGUUCAACUGCAGCAAAUGUGCUAUUUAAACAUGCCUGUGCUUGGCACGAUGACAUUUUAGGCCUGUUCUCUCUGUUGUCCCAGAAAUGUGGUAUUUUUCGCUAUUUUCGGAAACAUUCCUAAAAAUUUUGUUAACUGAUCUAUUCACUGUAAACUCCUCGAAUGUUCGCCAAGUCAAACAUACACUUUUUUUUUUUUUUUUUGGUUUUAUUUCACGUUAAUGAACGUAAAACUUUUUUUUUCCAUUAACCGUGACAGAAAGUGAGAAAAUUGAAUCGACACAAGAGCGCCGACCAUACGAUUAGUAAUGCCUGAUGAGGCGAAUGGGGCGGGGCUUCCAGAGGGUCAGUGACGCGGAGUUCUAGUCCUAUUAGAAAAAUCGUGAGCGCACUUGAACGGCACCGCGAUUUACAGUCCAUUUAUUUAUUUAUUUUUCUGACCCAAUCCACUUGGAGACACGUUACCUCGUCAUCACCACCUCCAGACUGUACACGUGACGUUCCAGGAUGAUUUCAGAUCAGCGUUAAUAUCGGAGCCUUCAAAACACGUACACGACCAUCGAUCGUUCCAGAUUAAUAUGUUGAUUAGUGUUUUGGUUUUUUUUUUUAGGGGGGAGGGUGGGAUUUGGGGUGGAUAAGACUUGUGCGUGAUCUCAUGUAGGCUGCAGUUAAAAUGCGUAGUUCCUGCGCCAAAUGCGUAAAGGUCGUCAGGUCCACUGUGCGUCUGAUGUGGCGCAGUUCUCCUCGAUUUGGCGUGGCUUGUUGCUGAACGUCUGUUCGAUUGAGAUAACUGAUCAGAGUAAACGUUACACUUUCGGACCGAUCCCGUGUCGGCUGUUCUCGAAGUCCUCUUGAAGCUUUUUUUUUUUUUUGGACAGGAAACUGGUUUCAGAUCAGCGUGGAAAUGCAUGAGCUGCAGUUUCCUCCUGGUCUGAGAUAAGCAGCUCGUCUCCUUCGUUGGAGUAAACGGCAUGGUUGUAUGUGAUAGCUGCUUGGGCUCUGAGAAAUGAUCGUUUGUCAUUUUUAUCGCCUUCUCGGAUAACGAACCGUAGGGUUUCAGUCAUCCGAGGCAUUUUAAUGGCUAGUAGCAGCACGUCGGUGUGACACGAAGGGUUAAUAAUCCUGAGGAAGUUUUAGCACCAAAUCACCGAGCUUCAUUGUGAAUUUAUAGACCACAGGACAAUUCCCUUUCUUUCUUUUUGUCUUUCUUUUCUUUUACUUAGUUAGUCGGUCUAUUACAUAUUUCAUUUUUCUGUCCUUCGGAAUGAUUCUCUUCAUCUUACUUGCUUUCUUUUUUCCUUUCUGUCGUUAUGUUCCUUUUCUUAUUUUAUCUGGUUUACAUGCGGUGGUAUUUUGUCCUUCGUAAUCAUUCUGUCUUUCUUACUUUCCUUUUUUUCCCCAUUUUUCUUUUCCUUCCCUAUUUUUCUUAUUUCCCCCCGUUUUCUCACCCUUUUGUUUCUUUAUUCCUUUUCUUUUCUUUUUUUCUUGCCUUCCAUAGUUCUUUUCUUCUGCAAGUUUAUCCAUUUCUACAUCCUUGAACACUCUGUCCUUCCUAAUAAUUUUCAUUUAUUUAUUUAUUUAUUUAUUUGCUUUCUUUCAUGCUUUUUUCCCCCUUUCUUUCUCUUUUGUUUACCAUGAUUUUAUCCAUUCGUUUUCCUUUCUUUUUGUUGCUUUCUUUCGCACAUUUAUCCAUUACGGUGUCACUAUUCUGUACAUAAUUUUUUUUGGUUUCUUUCUUGGCUAUUUCUUCCCUCCUUCUUCCUUUCUUGGAUUCCUGUUGUUUGUUUUCCUUUUUGUAUUUUUCUUGUUCCUUGCUGUCUUAUCUCUUCUCUUUUUUUUUUUUCUUUAUUGCUUUUAACUUUCUUUACCACUUUCACUUUUUCACUGUUUUUGUUAUUCUUCUAUUUUUUCUGUUCAUCAUUUUUAUUUUAUAAUUCUUCUCUCUUUCGCCAUCUCGGGGACACACGGUUCACGUUCUUUCUCUGUUUUUCAUGACGUGUUCUCUCCGUUCUUCCCUUUGCUCGGUUGUUUUUAAAUCUACCUUUCUCAGUGUGUCCCUUAAUUGACCGUCUUUAAUAGGAUCCAGAGCGCUCCGUGGUAUUUAUGAUGCCCUGUCAGGCUGCUGCAUUUGCCGAGUGGAUGAUGAUGAUGAUGAUGAUGAUGAUGAUCCUAAAAGAGAGAAGUAAUGUGAUGUGUCCUCACUGCACCAUGCUGAUGGACGACUGUCCUCAAACAGCAUCGGGAAAACCUCGUGAUGUCUGAAGUAUUCAAGGGGAAAACCUCUGACCGGUUCUGGCAGGAGGUUCUGGAACGUUCUGCUGUAGCCAGUUGAUAUUAAUGAUAUUGUGUAGACAAAGUUCAGUAGCAGGAUGCGGCAGUGAACCCUCUCGUCUGCUCGUGAUGGUGAGGAUAUUUGGGGGCCCGCCCUGUGUGGGCCAGACCAGCUGCUACAACAACAACUCCAAAGAUUACUGCUACUCGGCUCGGAUCCGCAGCACUGUGCUGCAGGGCCUGCCUUUCGGAGGAGUGCCCACCGUGCUCGCUCUCGACUUCAUGUGCUUCCUGGUACUUCUCUUUGUCUUCUCCAUCUUGCGGAAGCUGGCGUGGGAUUAUGGCAGGCUGGCCCUCGUGACCGACGCUGACAGACAGAAGAACAGAUUCAACGGAACAGAAGAGCGGGAAUACGUGGCUUCGGCGUUGCAUUCAGAAACUCCGGAUCGUUACGAGCGCCUCACUUCCGUCUCCAGUUCCGUGGAUUUCGAACAGCGAGACAACGGCUUCUGCUCUUGGUUGACGGCCAUCUUUCGAAUAAAGGACGAGGAGAUCCGUGAGAAGUGUGGCGAGGAUGCCGUGCACUACCUCUCCUUCCAGCGGCACAUCAUCGGGCUGCUGGUGGUGGUGGGCGUGCUGUCUGUGGGCAUCGUCCUGCCUGUUAACUUCUCCGGAGACCUGCUGGAAAACAAUGCAUACAGCUUCGGCCGCACCACAAUCGCGAACCUGAAUUCGGGGAACAACUUGCUGUGGUUGCACACAUCUUUUGCGUUCCUGUACCUCCUCCUGACCGUCUACAGCAUGAGACGCCACACCUCGAAGAUGCACUACAAGGAGGACGACCUGGUGAAACGCACGUUAUUUAUAAACGGCAUCUCGAAAUACGCAGAGGAGGUCCAGAUCAAACAGCACUUUGAGCAAGCCUACGAGAACUGCGUCGUGCUGGAAGCGCGCAUCUGCUACAACGUGGCCAAACUCAUGGCUCUCAACGCCGAGAGGAAGAAGACUGAGCGUAGUAAGAAGUUCUUCACAGAUUUGCAGGCAAAGGAACACAUGCCCACCAUGAUCAACCCCAAACCCUGCGGCCACUUGUGCUGUUGUGCCAUUACAGGCUGUGAAGAGGAGGAAGCGGUGAGCUACUACACGAAGCUGGAAGCGAAACUUAAGGAGGAGUACCGGAAGGAGAAGGAGAAGGUCAACACCAAACCUCUGGGCAUGGCUUUCGUCACCUUCCAAAAUGAGGCCAUGACUGCAAUAAUCCUGAAAGACUUUAACGCGUGUCAGUGUCAGGGCUGUGUGUGUCACCAGGAGCCACGUUCUUCUCAGUUCAGCGAGAGUCUUCACAUCUAUAACUGGAGCGUGACCUACGCUCCCGACCCCCAGAAUGUGCGCUGGGAGCAUUUGUCUCUGGGAGGCGUUUCGUGGUGGAUCCGCUGCUUAAUCAUUAACUGCAUCCUCUUCCUAUUGCUCUUCUUCCUCACAACCCCGGCCAUCAUCAUUUCCACCAUGGACAAGUUUAACGUUACCAAGCCAGUGGAGUAUCUCAAUAAUCCCAUCAUCACCCAGUUUUUCCCCACUCUCCUGCUGUGGGCUUUCUCUGCUCUCCUCCCCACCAUCGUCUACUACUCAGCAUUUUUCGAGGCCCACUGGACCCGGUCGGGAGAAAACCGGACCACCAUGCAUAAAUGCUACACGUUUCUCAUCUUCAUGGUCCUUUUGCUGCCAUCUCUGGGCCUCAGCAGUCUGGAUGUGUUUUUCCGCUGGCUGUUCGACACGCAGUUCCUAGCCUUUGCCGCGGUCCGAUUUGAGUGCGUCUUCCUCCCUGAUAACGGAGCGUUUUUUGUGAACUACGUGAUCGCGUCUGCGUUCAUCGGGAACGCGAUGGAUCUGCUUCGCAUUCCGGGUCUUCUUAUGUACAUGAUCCGUCUGUGCCUGGCUCGAUCUGCUGCUGAGAGACGCAAUGUCAAACGGCACCAGGCCUAUGAGUUUCAGUUCGGUGCAGCCUACGCCUGGAUGAUGUGCGUCUUCACUGUCGUCAUGACGUACAGCAUCACCUGCCCAAUCAUCGUGCCGUUUGGCCUGAUGUACAUGCUGCUAAAGCAUCUAGUGGAUCGCUAUAACAUGUACUACGCCUACCUGCCCUCCAAACUCGACAAGAAGAUCCACUCCGGAGCCGUCAAUCAGGUGGUGGCCGCGCCCAUCCUCUGUCUCUUCUGGCUACUGUUCUUCUCCACUGUACGCACAGGUUUCGUGACGCCGACGUCCAUGUUCACGUUUGUGGUGCUCAUCAUCACCAUCGUGGUUUGUCUGUCGCACGUCUGCUUCGGCCACUUCAAGUAUCUCAGUGCUCACAACUACAAGAUUGACACUAAGGACACCGAGGUGGACGGCAUGGAGAACGGACGUCCGGCGCGCUCCUCACCCUCCAACAAGUCUCCGCAGCAGAUGUACAUCGCACAGGUUCUGCAGGACCCGAACUGUGACGAGACGGGCGGAGGCAGCGGAGAGGACGACGGCCAGGGAUCCUCGCAGGACGAGGAGAUGAUCAACGGAGGCAACAGCCUGAACGAGGCCGAUUUCCAGUCUGGGGAGGACAGCCUCAUCGCCAACGAGGUCCGCCACUAACGCCAGCACUGAUGGAGAGAAAGAGGGAGAGAGAGAGAGAGAGAGAGUGUGUGAGAGAGAGAGAGAGAGAGUGGGGUGAGAUGGAUGGCGUGUAGUGUGGACUGAAGGUGUACCAGAGAUCCAUGCUUAAGCUUUCCACAUGUUUGUGCAAGCUGUGUGUCAUCUCCAUCAUGAGCAGAGCUAAGUGUGUAGGUUCUUGAGGAGUAUGCCGCUUCAAUGUUCACAACUCCUCUCGCCAAAACCACCGCAGUCGAAUCAAGCACCAACAUCAAGCACAAACUGCAUGUAUUGAGCAUACAUUCACACACAAGCGUUAUUCCUGAUGUCUGUUUUUGGACUACAUCCAGGUAGACCGUUUACACACUUGGAAUUUGUGUUGUAACAAACUGGUCGUGCAAAAAAAAAAAAAAAAGAAAAAAAAAAUCAGUAAAUUGUGUGUGAUCAUCUCUAUCAAGGAACGUGUAUUUAUAAUGAUUUUUUUUUUGCUUUUUAUUUAUUGAAUUCAAACUCUCCCUGAGGAGAAAGGAGAAGCCUGUCAAUGCAGCUGAAUGGAAAUCCACAACUAGACACAGAUCUACUACAGUAACUCAUAAGUGGUCGAGCGUUCGUGAAGGGUUUCCAGACACAUCCGCGACACUUGGACACGGAUAAUCCACCUCUGAAGAGGGGGGGGAGGGGGGGAACAAAAUGAAAGAAAAGGAGGAAGAAAAAAAAAAAAAAAAAGAAAAGUCCACUCAUCUCUAGAAGAGGAGCCAGGUCUGUGGAUUUUGUACUACAGUAACUCAUCUCUCUCUAGGACUUGAUCUCCGUCAUGACAUUCCACACUUAAAAAAAAUAAAAAAAAUAAAAAAAAAAAUAAUAAAAAAAAAAUUUAAAGUCAUCUAACCGCUAGUUUAUAGAAGUAGUUCCUCCUGAAGUGGGUUUGCUUGCUCCGUCUGUCUUUCUUUACCCAAGAGAACUGAUUUAAGAUCAUUCCAAAGCACAUGUGCAAUAGAGAAGAGCUCGGAGACGAGAUCGCAGUGCCAGCCUCCUCGUUCUAAGACUUUAAGUCAAGAAGUCGUCAUCGAUUGACAUUUUUUAAAUUAUUAUUAUUAUUAUUAUUAUAUAAGGUUCUAUCUGGUGGAUAAUGCUAUAAAAGUAAGUCAAGCUCUUAAGGGGUUGAAAUGUUUGAAUUUAUAAAGCUAUUAUCUAAUGGUUUCUAAUAAACAAUCUAAUCAUCUUGAUGGAUGGAUAAAUAAAUAAAUAAAUAAAUAAGGCAGAAAACACUUGGGGAGGACAUGCUGUUCUGGGAAAUGAUUCAACACCAGGGUGGUUAGUUAGUCACCACCUCAAAGUUGAUUGUUUUCCUGUAACGGCAUGUCUCCUAAGUGCGUUCGUCUUAUACCACGGCGAUUUUGUUUGUGGCAGGAGAGCUACAGUAGGUUGGGGGGGGGGGGGAAUGCAAUUAAAAAUCCAUACAGUAUAGUCAGUCCAUACGUAACAAACUCUCAUGCUAGGUGUUCUUCAGUCACCAGUUAUGCUGGCUAGUUCUGUUUAUUAAUCACAUUGCAUGUAAUGUCUUUAAUGUACUGUUUAUUUCAGAAUGUUUUACUAAAAUGUUCCUUCUCCUCAACAUCUUCGAAACUGAUCUCUUCUCUUCUAUUAGAUAUAGAUUAAUACAGGAUGGAUUUUGAUUGGCCGUGACUGCCUGUUGUGCAUUCAUCCGGGAUGAUGAUGAUGAUGAUGAUUGGCUGGCAGAUAGAUCCUUAUAAAAGUUUAUCUGCAAGGUUUUUUUUUUUUUUUUUUUUCCCCCAGGUUUUUAUUUUAUUUAAUUUUUUCAUAUCACAUGAAAAACUAAUUCAAAUAAAAUAAAAAAAAAUAACACCACAAGAGAACUCCUUUUCGAGUUCAUAUUUCACCAAAAUCCCAGAUAGAACUUUAUAACGCUGAGCUCACAAUAUGAUGACUACUUUUUUUUUUUUUUUUUUUUUUCGUUUGUUUGUUUGUUUGUUUGUUUUUGUUUUUUUCAAUCUUGUACAAGAUUGACAUGUUUGUGAUCUCACAUCUUGGAGUUCAAAAUAUGUGAAGGUUCCUAGAGCAGAAGAAUCCAUUAGGCGCUACGUUGGCAUCUUGAUGAUGCGUUUUUUUUUGUUUUGUUUGUUUGUUUGUUUGUUUGUUUGUUUGUGUUGUAUUUUUUGUCUUGUUUUGAUUUCACCUUAACUACCUUAAUAGAUGUGUUUUUAUAUGUUCUUAAACACACACACACACACACACACACACACACACACACACACUCCAUCACGUUGAGCUGUUCGGGUUUAGUUACGGAGUUGAAGAGCCGCAGUUCCAAAAUGAACCGGAAAAGUUCCAAACCUGUUCAUUUUUGUUUGUUUAUUUAUUCAUUUAUUCAUUUUUACUUCCCUCAAAACUAGAGUCCUCCUGAUUUAUUGCUGGUCAUCGAUCACGUGCUCGUGUGUCAUGUCCGAAAUGGUUGUGAAGUGCUAGCCAAGUGAAGAAUCCCAACUUAAUUGGCAAUUGUGCCACACAACUGGAUUUCACCCAAGAAACUGGGUCAGAACCACUGACUUGCAUCUUCCGAUUUGUUCAGAAAUUUUCCAAAAUUUCAGAUGGUACACAGAUUAAAAUCUAAAUGGCUGGAUUAUUGGCCAGCUUUUGACCUAGAGCUACUUUUAUUAGUACAAUGUGAAGGAAAUUGAGGAAAUCUGAUGGUACGGCUCCGUAAAUGUGGGUUCCUUCUGAUGAAAGCCUUCAUUUAUUUCGCUUUGUGAAUGGAGGGAAAAAAAUGCAUCGAAAAAUAAACAAGACUUGUCUUUAGCACCAGUAGAUGUAUACGUAGGCUCAGUGAGGCGGGGCGGAGGGUUAACCUUCAUUUUUGUAAUGCAGUGCUUGGCGAAGUGCGUUAUAAGAGUGUGCGUUCAUAAACUUUUUACCAAACCUAGAAAAGCUUAGAAAAACAACAAUAACCCUGAACUGCAACUUGUCAAAAGUUCUAGUGCUAUGUCAUUUAUUUUGACUUUCUUUUAUAUUGACUUUUUUUUUUUUUUUUACUAAUUUAUUUCAAGGUAGUAUUUAUUUUACCGUAAUAUCUCGUUCUUUUGAAUGAAUUACCCAGAAUAAUGACUUAUCUUAUUAUCGUGACAUUAUUUAGACUCCUAACUGUUAAAUUGCCGGAAUUCCCAUGCUCAUGGUGCUCAUAUCGAUGUGUACGUAUCGUAUCGUGAAAUGAAUUCCACUAAAGCGAUAUCUGGCUUGCUUACUAUACGAGAAACGGCAUACGGAAUAAGAACACUAACCUAAUGCGUUGAAUAAAUAAGUCUUGGUGCUAGAUUGUGGGGUGUUUUUGAAUAUUAAGUUGAAAUGACGAGUUACUACUCCAAAACAAUCGUUGAAAUAAUAUUGUGCUUCGAGGGUUUACUCCGUGUACUCUGGUUUCCUCCACCAGUCCAAAGACAUGCGUUGUAGGCUGACCGGCAUUUCCAAACCCCGUCCAGGGUGUCCCCCAUCUCGUCCCCCAUC